AUGACCGGUUUUCUUAUUCCCCCGUGGUACAAGAAUGAGGUGCCGGGGGAGACUGAGAUGAACAUCGCCAGUGUCAUCUUUGGAUUCAGCUUGGGUUCGGCCAUCUUCACAGCCUCACUCGCCUUCAAACAGUCUCUUGGAGCGUACAGGAGGCGGAGACUGUUCAGUGCUUAUAUCAUUAUGUGUUGGCUAGAAUGGAUUGGAUGUAAUUGUAUGGGUCUCGUCACUUAUAUCUGGCUUAAGGGUAUUGUGCCACCAAGGUUUGUCUUCCACUCCACUCUCGUCUUCUGGAGCAUGCAGAUCCAGUUCAUUUUACAGAUUAUCAUCAACCGAAUAGCCCUCCUGCUUCCCAACAAGACAGGCGUCAACAAGAUCAAAUGGGGAGUCGCCAUCAUCGUCAGCCUGAUCAACUUGAGUGGCUUCUGCAUUUGGGUCCCGGCACGUCUACAAAUCUCUCACCUGUACGAAGAAAUCAACAUCAUCUGGGAUCGAACCGAAAAGGCCAUUUUCUUGAUUGUCGAUCUUGGACUCAACCUUUACUUUAUCUAUCUUGUUCGCUCGAGACUGAUCGCUGGUGGUUUGACAAAGUAUUGGCAACUCUUUCACUUCAACGUCGCCAUGGUUUUUGUGUCGGUGACACUGGACUGUGUCUUGAUGGGAGCCACGUUCCUCCCGAGUCCUGUUGUUUAUGUGCAGUUCCAUCAACUCACUUAUCUUCUCAAACUCUACAUUGAGAUGAACGUUGCCUCCCUUCUGGGUCACAUUGUCAAGGGCGCAAGAGAUCGCGAC